CCGGUUGAAUUCGCGGGAUUAGGUUUUUAAAUAUUUUUUGUUGUUUUUACUUAUUUUAGUUGUUUCAUUCCAUUUAAUUACCAUGAAGGGGCCUCCGACACAAGAAGAUAUCUUGAAGCUUGGGAAAUCACACUCGAUGCAGAAUAUAGGGAACCUAGAUUUGUCAGAACGUAACAUAGGCAGAAUUGAUUCCGAAGUGUUCAAUCAGUUAAAAGGCUUACAGACUCUCGAUUUAUCACAGAAUUGUCUGACUAGUAUACCAAGUGAUCUUCACCUUCCAUCAUUGCAGACACUGGACCUGUCUUAUAACCAGUUAGACUCAGUUGAUUUUGUAAGACAGUUUGACAAUCUGCAACAACUCUACCUAGGGGAUAAUGAUGCUAUUAAGAUAGAGGAUUAUUACACGGCCAAGGUAUUAUGUCCCUCUCUAAGAGGUAUAGAUGGGGCCGAGGAUAUAAAACAUAUAGAUAAAGGGAUUUCUCUUUACACUGAUCAGCUGCAGCCACAGAUUGAGGCUGUAUGGGAGGCCAGGUUCUCGGAGGUGUACAGUAAUGGGGUAAACAAGGAAGAGAUGGAGAGUCUACAUGAGGAGUUUGUUAAUACCAUCAACCAGGGAAACAUUGUAGGCAGUAAUCUAACCAUGGUUAAAUUUAGAAAUUUUAUGAUAAGUCACCUUUGUCGUAAAUUGAUUUCGGAUGUGAAUCAAGGAAAAGUUAAAUCUAAAAGGAGAAGCACAAAGUCUUUGGAUGGUCAAAACACACCAUCUCAUUACGGGACCAGAAUUGCCAAAGGAGUAACACCUGUUAAGCACUACAGCAAUACAGAAGAACCAAUCUCUGAUACUGAAACAGCCGUCACACAGAAACAGAGAUCCAGUAAGAAGAGAAAAAGAGAAGACAGUCCCAACACGUCACCAGUCAAAUCAUCACCUAUUAAACGCAAGCGAGAAAGUUCACCAGUCUCAAGCCCAGUAAAGUCUACUACACAGAAAAGGAAAAGGGAGACCACUCCUGACAGCUGUGAAGAGUUUUUACCGAUAGCUAAAAGGAAAAAGGAUAACACUAAAGGGACACCUGAUUUUACAAAGCUGCGAAAAAGUAUACAAGGCUCAAAAUUAUUGAAAGGUUUACCCGAUUAUGAACCUUCAUUAUUUAUACGUUGUCAUUCAAAUGGAAACAACCCAUCUGAUGGAAUCACAAAGAUUUGGAACUGUGCAUUUGAGCCAUUGAUUGGAAGUCCAGGGGAGACAACCAAUAUCCUGGCAACAUGUGGAGGGAAGAAUAUUUGUUUCACUGACUGUCAGACUGGUAAAGUGAUGAAAAGAUACAAAGACUGCAGUAAAUCAGAGUCAUUUUAUGCACUAGCAUGGACUACACUAGAAGCUGAUGGUAAACAUAUGAAGGAUGAUGUCAAUAUAUUAGCAGUGGCGG